AUGGAAAAGCAAGAAAUAACCUUGUGCAGCCAUUCUAACUGCGACAAGCCUAUUAAACAUUAUUGCAAUGGUCAUAACGAUGUUUUUUGUAUCAGCUGAACAAAUACAUUGCAUUUUGACUGCAACUACGAGGCUAUUAAGAGCUCUGAAGAGUUGGAACAAGUGCUAUUACCAAUUAACAGCUUAGUGAUUGGACUCAGACAACAAGCUGAAGCUCAUGACUUAGGAAACAAGAUUGACGGGCUUGAAGGAGUGAUGAAAAAUGUCUCUGAUGAAGUUGAUGGCUUUGGCAAGAAGGUGAAGACUGCUAUUGAUUCUAGUGACUUUAUGAAGUUUGGAUCUCUAUUUCAAGAAGGGAAAGAGCUUAAGAGCAAGAUACUUUCAGGUGCUUUCGGAAUGGGAUCAGAUGGGUCCAAUCCUAUUUAUAGGCUAUUGUUUGAUUUACAGCUUCUAUCCUGCUCGAGCAGAGCCAGAUUGGGAGGUAGUAUCGAUGUAAUGAAAGGAUCGAAGGCCUUAACUAAGGGAUUCUACAGAAGUAUUACAAAUCUGCAUCAAAAGACUAAAGAAGAAAAUGCUAAAGAGUAUAAAACUAUAAUAGAAGAAUUGUUAAAAGAAGCUAAAAAGUCUGAUAAAGGCGAGAAAGAGGCCCAGAAGUUCAUUUUGGAACUCCAAAAUAAAGUGAUAGAGCUGGAACAACAGCUGCAGAUAGAAAAGGACAAAUCUGAUGGUCUCGAGCUAGAUCUCUACACCCUCAAGACAGAGAAUGAGAAACUUAUUAAAGAGAAUAAAGAACUAGAAGAAAAAGGGGCAGCCCUUACUGGUGAGUCAGGACAGAUAUUGGCACAAAAUGCUAUUUCAGACUCUUCUUCUAUAAGCAAGAAGAAAUGUGAAGCUUUAUAUGAAAAACACGUGGGUGUGAAGAAAACUUUUGAUGAAGUUUGCCAACUUAAACUCAAAAUGUGUAACAUAGAAUCUCAAAACUUUAUCAACGCAUUAUGAGAAGAAAAGGUCAUUCUUCCUAAAAUCAAUGAAAUUCAUACUGCAAAAAUAGAUAGCAACUGUACUGAGAUUAUUAAUAGAUACCUUCUAAAUUGUAUCCCGAAAUCAAUUCCGAAGAUCUAUUUUAAUUGGGGGUGGAGUGGUAAAGUAGUUCAUUUCUCUUCAAUGAUUGAAGGGUUGAGUAUUGCUCUUCCCAAAAUAACUAAGGAAGUUAUGUUUGACACUUUUGUGAUUCAGGCUUCUGAUUUGGAACUCAUCAUGCAGAAAUGUUAUCAGGCUGAAAAGAUCAUUUUUAUCGCCUCAAAGCUAGUAACAGCUAAAGAAAUGAACUUUGAUACAAAUAAGGGCUCUAAAUUGAAGUGUUUAUCGUUUUAUAGAUCUGAUUAUGAGGUUAGUAAUUUAUCAUCAAAUUUCAAAGAUCACCCUGAGAGACUAGAAUGGAUCAUUGAAGCUCUGAGCAGAUCUCCCCAUAAAAAAUCCCUCGAAUCUAUUAAUAUCGAUGAAUGUCCUAUUGGAGUCGGGACAGUUAACGAAAUGUUAAAAAAGUAUGGAAUGGAUAAAAUUGUGGUGAGAAAAGAUGGAGAGAGCUUACCACAAGGUCUUUAA